AUGGCAUCUACGAUGAACGAAUCUAUCGAGACUCGGCUGUUCAUCAACGGCGAGUGGCAAAACAUUCGAAGUGGUAUAUCCAUAACCAAGGAGGUUGUUGCGCAAGUCCAAGAAGCCGACAUCCAAGAUGUAGAGGACGCCGUUAAUGCUGCCAAUGCGGCUUUCCCCGCCUGGCGAGACUUGGGCACCGACAAGCGCGGCGCAUACUUGCGCAAACUAUCUCAGCUCAUCUUGGAGUCAAACGACGAGCUGGCGAAGCUCGAAACGCUCUCCACUGGCCGACUGAUCUCUCAGUUCUUUGACGCCAGUCUAGCAGCCGAGCUAUUUGCAUACUUCGCUGGUGGCGGUUGGACCGCGCAGGGGACAGCCAGCCUCAACACCCCGGACUACCUAAACCUGACCGUCAAGCAGCCAUAUGGCGUGGUAGCACUUAUUAUCCCGUGGAACUUCCCACUUGCCAUGUUUGCGAUUGAGAAGGCGAAUAAUUCGGAGUUUGGCCUGCACGCUGCUGUCUUUACUAAAGAUCUUGAUCGUGCCGUUCGGUUGGCGAAGGCUCUGGAUGCGGGUACUGUUGGGGUUAAUUGCACAAGCCCGACAAAUGCCAAGGAUACUGCAUUUGGUGGGUUCAAAAUGAGUGGGAGUGGCCGGGAGGGGCUUCUGUAUAGUCUUGACAGUUUUCUUGAGACUAAGAGUAUCUUGAUCAAGACAGCACGUCUGUGGAAGAUAGCUGGUUGA